GGCGAAAGAAAAAAAAAACGGGACUGAAGACAGGAUAAAAAAUUAGCAACAAUCAUGCUCUUCAUCCUAUUCAGUGUAUCCUUUUUUUAAACUCAAUUACUUUCAUCAGAACAAGACAGAAAUCUAAAGUGCUAAUACUCUAAGUGCUUUACCCUAAUCAUAGAUAGUUUAUUAUCAUGAUGGGUAUUAAGCAAUCACUUCCUCCUUCUAAAAGGUCACGCAGCAGUGACAUGAGCCUAGAUAUAGACUCAUAUGAAUCAUCUGAGAGGGCGAAGCGACGUUGCUCCUCUCAUCAAAAUAUUACUGAUCUUCACCUAUCUUCUGCUACUGAAAUGGACGUGCAGACUAUUGAUUCUCAAAGGCCUCAAGAACAGUGUACUGGACGGUGGUCCAUCUCGCGACCUGUUGCCGGGGUCUAUAGCAAUCUAGAUCCAGUAUUCAGCCUAGAUGAAAAGUAUCUUUUCAUCGGUCUCGAGACUGCCGUGCGGGUUUACACUAUUUCUACCUCAUGCCUCCUACGUACCUUGCACAUGAAAUCCGGGCAUCAACUUGUCGCGUAUAGGCUCUGUCCCAUGAAUCCAGAACAUCUCUACAUAUUCUCCUCGUGCGGCAAUACCAGCAAUGUCUACAAAUGGGAAUGGGCAUCGGGUAGACUUAUCUCACAAAGUGAGAUGAAGCAUAAACUACUCUACAUUGAUCUAUGUUAUAGUGAGCAGGCCGAUAUCAAACAGACUUUGGCUUGUACCAUACGGAAGCGCAAAGAUGGAAAAUUUGAACUCGCUCUAAGACAAUGCCUCGAUAAUAACGAAGAACCUGAAACGACCAUAUUUGAGACCUCCAAGCGGAUGAACCUUAUAAGGGUUGCACACCAAGGCCGAGUGAUAGUCGUGUGUGAUGGCCAGAAGCUUCUUGUCGGCAGGUCAGAGAAACGGGAUACGUCCAUUUCGAAGGAUAUACAGUAUAGCUGGCGCGAAAUGAAUCUACCAACCCAUGUCACUUCCCUGGAUAUCCGCGAAUGCGCACCAUCUAAAAGGCCUGUUUUUGAUGGUCUGAACAGGGAGGAGGGUAUAGAGUCUGUUGAUCUUAUUUUGGGUGAAUCAACCGGAUCCAUUGCCAUUCUCUAUGACCUUGUACGCACUGUACAGACGAGUCAAAGUGGCCAUGAAAACAAGAAAGACCGGUCUUUGAGGCGCAUUCAUUGGCAUAGAGGUCCUGUGAAUACUUUACGCUGGUCAAAAGAUGGACACUACGUCAUAUCAGGAGGCUCAGAAUCAGUAAUGGUUUUAUGGCAACUAGAUACUGGAAGAAAGCAAUUUCUCCCUCAUCUCUCUGCUCCCAUAUGCAACAUAGCUAUUUCUCCAAUUGGAGACUUGUACGCUGUUAAGCUCGCAGAUAAUUCCAUCUUGGUACUGUCGGCUCGAGAACUGAGGCCACAUGCUCUCAUCUCUGGAUUGCAACUCUCGUACCAAGGCAACAUGGUUGAUGGGGGGAGCACAGUUCCUUCACAAAAUCCCAUCUCUGUUGUCCAUCCUCGCAAUCCCGAUCAACUCCUAGUGGUCUUUCCUACAUUGUCUCGGUCUCCUCAAGGAGAUCAAAACAUCUCCAACACUUCGAUACUUCAGACUUAUGAUCUGCGUACUAACAACCAUAUCUCGCGCCAGGCUCUUUCCCGAACCAACACCACUUCUUUACCUGUUGGCCCCGAUGGGAACGCCAUUGUGCCACCAGGCAUCGAGCUCAUGGAUGUUACCCACGAUGGGCAGUGGCUUGCCACGGUUGACGACUGGCAUCCAUCGAUUCAAGGCUGCAAGGCUUUGAGAGGACGGACUAAUUCAUUCGAGGAUAGUCCUCUGGAAGGCAGAGAGGUUUUCCUGAAAUUUUGGAAAUGGAAUUCUCUCUCAAAUUCAUGGGAGCUGUUUACCCGUGUGGGAGGGCCUCAUUUUUUAAAGCAGGCCUCUGUCUCUGUACUCGGUCUCGCCUCGAAUCCUCGGAGCCACGAAUUUGCAACUAUGGGAGCUGACGCAACCCUGCGUAUUUGGUCUCCCACUGCGAAAAGACGAAGCCGGCUACCGUCCAAACCAAUUGCGAAGGAGUCUUUCGAAACCUGGAAAUGCCGACUCACUGUCGAUUUGAGUGGAUAUCUCGGUUGUGCGAAAUCAACUCCUCUAGUUUCAGCCUCUUUGUGCUUUUCAGAAGAUGGGUCGGCUCUUGCUAUAUGCGGUCAGAUUGGAUCGAAAUCAUGCCAUGGACUUACAUUUCUCGUUAAUACAAAGGAGGGACGUAUCUGCCACGUUCGAGAUGGGAUAUUUUCGGGUACUCUGUUUUCCGUCAAGUUUCUUGGGAAAUAUCUCGUAACUGCCACAGAUAAGUCGGUAUCAGUUUGGGAUAUGGUUGAGGAUUUUAUCAAGACAGUUGAAAUACCUGGAUUUGGCGCAACGGAGUCCACGGGUGCCUCUUCAUGCCUUUUAGCUGUGGAUAGGAAGACCUAUACAUUUGCCCUCGCCAGUGCUCUACCUGCUUGUUCAACAUCUUCGGCCAAACGGCGCUCAAAAGCAAAAUUCCACUUCCAGAUCUAUGGGGUGCGCUCCUUGGCUCUGGAAGAACAUCGCAGACUUAGGGAUCGUCCUCUGAGCUUGGUCUCUGAUCCUCAUUCUUCCGGUUAUAUCAUGGUUGAUGCGGCGGCUAAUGUUACACGGUUUGCGGCCUCGGAUCAGGGUUCUCCUGUUGCCUUUGAGUCCCCUGAUCGAUACCCUCAAGCAGACAAGGGUCUUUCGAAUGUCUGGGUGACUCGAUUUCAAACCGGGGACAACGGGCAUCGUUUGGAAGCGACGGCUACGGACGCCUUAGACAAGUCACCUACGACUACCACAGGAUUCAAGGGUGUUUUUGGCGGUUUUUCAUCUUCCAGUAUGCCCUCUCUUGAUGCUAUCUUCCGAGAAAUGGUACGUUCUGUGGCCUAAGUGCUACAUUAAACGGGAUUUUGCAUCAUAUGAUCUGUAUGCCACCGGCUAUGCUGGCUUCCUUUUUCCUGUACAAUAGACACUUCGGCAUCUGUUUAGUGGGAUGCCUGGUCUACAAUAUAUGGAUUUUCUUGGUUCUUGCUUCCCGUUAUUUGGUUGUGCUAUGUGGUACUAGUUCUAUGUUUCUCUGGCCAGUAUUAUUGUUGAUACUUAGAAUAUCUCCUUUGUUUCUGCCUUUGUUUCUGUUUCUAAUUGGUUUCUUCUGGGGACCUGUGAUGCUUAUUGAGGCUUAAGACCUUUUAUCUUACCUAGUUAUCCUAUCCUCUUAAGAGACUGUCUCAAUCAUCUGUUGUUGUGCAACGCCCAACGCAACAAAUCAAAAAACAAAUGGUCACAAUUUCCUAUAGGUUAUAAUAUAACUAUAUCUCUUCAGAUAUUAC